AUGAUUUAUCCGGCAUCUGAAAUAGCUGCAAAUAGUCCCGAUUCCAAAAUUUGCCACAAAAAACUGAGCAACAAAGCUUUCAAAACUCUUGUUUCAUCUCGAGGGUACGGCACAAACGAUAAUGAAAACAAGCUCUGUAAGGGUUCUACGUGUCAGCAAAGUCUGCUUGAUGGAAAAUGGAGUUGGGUGGCCCUCAUGAUGGCUUUUUACAUUCAAGUCUUUGUUGGCUUUUUGUCUUCAUGCUUCGGCGUAUUCUUCAGCGAAAAAAUGGCUUCGUUCUCCGCCUCAUCAUCACUGAGCAGCGGCAUUUUCACGUUGCACAUUUUCUUCUUCGACCUCGGCUCGCUAAUUUGCCCGGACAUCGCCUCCAAGCUCGGCCACAGAAGCACGACCUUCGUCGCUCUCGUCACGGCCUUCUUCUCCUUCGUGCUGCUGGCGCUUUGUGACGGUCUGGGAGUCAUCUUCGUUGCGUAUGGCAUAGUACUUGCGCUGAGCGGAGGCUUUCUUUACAACGCUACCCUGCUGAUGGUGCCGAUGUACUUUGAGAAGUACAGACGACCUGCACUCUCUUGCAUCUCUGUUGGCAUGGGGGCCUCGGGCGUGAUCUCCCCGCACCUCGUGCGAUACCUCAUAGACUUUUACGGUUACUCGGGAGGCUUGCUGCUCUACGGUGCCUGCUUCCUGCAGGCCUGCGUGCUCGUCGUCCUAGUGAGGCCAGCACGAAUACGUCCUGAAAAAGUUCCUGAUGACAUCAAUUACAAACACCAGAGUUUGGAAGAAAUCNGGCCAAGUAACGGUGAACCCAAGGACAGUAAGUAA